CACCAUCCUCCUCCCUUUUGUCUUUUCUUCAGUUUGUUAACUUCUCCAAAAGCCGCGUGGACUUCGGGCGAGCCGCUCAAACCUUCUGGCAGGCCUUCAUUUCAUUUCGUGGGAUUUUGGCGCAUCCGGACUGACCCGGUCCACGAACAAGCAGAGACUUUCUUUUAUCUUUUCUCUGAAGUUGUGUUUCAUGGAGUCUUUGUGGAAAUCAUUUAUUGUCAACACAGCAACGAGAUUUGGAGCCAUAUCAUUGCACCAUCAUAACAAAGUUACUACACGAUGAGCAGCCAAUCGAUGCACAACGUCGUUGACCCAGUGUUUCAAAGCAAGAUGCCAUUAUUCGACGGGACCAUAGCGUCAAAACCACAAAACAUGUCUGGUUUCCUGGGUAAGCGGAUACUGCAGUACAACGGGGCUUACUUCGCUUAUGAUCCCAGAGGAAAGGACGGAGCAGGAUUCACUCCUCCUUGGAGCAACUCAAAGACUUCUCUGCUGGAUGGUAGAAGUCCUGUAAGUCACCUCUCUGGCAUGGAGGGACAAAACCACAUCAUUUACAGGCAAGACAGCAAUUCUUCAGAGGAAGGCCAUUCUCAUUCUUCCUCUCUACAUCGUGCCCCUGGGAUCAACAGUCCCACAGCGGCCGUGCCAGUGGCUGUUAGAAAACAAAAAACUGGAGGUGAGAACUCAUCUCCCACAUCUGAAAGCUCUGUUUACUUAGCCAUUCCUAAGCCAAUUUAUAUGCAUAACCCCUGCUGUAAUGAACUGGGUUGUGUGAUGGGACAACGAUACAGCGUGGAACAUGGCUCUCCCAGGAUACCGAACACUGUAUAUGAGCAUGAUUGGAUGCAAACUGAUGCUAACUACACUGAAAGACCGCCCAUCCAGAGGAAAGCACAAGACACGCUGCUCCAACAGAGAGGUUUACAGCUUGAUCCCAGUGCAGAGCCAUUAAAGAGGACUGUAGAGACAUGCAGCCCAGGUAAAGCAAGGACUUUUCCUGCUACAAUUGACCCAAACUAUAGCAGUUACCCCUGCACCCCGACUCACACACUGUUUGGUUCUCUAAGUGAGCAGAGCCAGCGUUUACAGACUUCCCCCAGAGGCUACACUAGCUUAUACCCCCCCCAUCCCACAUAUGGGCAUAUGACCUCAGAGAUUUAUCAGGAACAUUCUCCCAUGUCCAAAUAUGGCCAGCUAACACAGCACCCAAUGUUUUACUACUCCCACGCAAAUGUGGAGGUAGAAAACAGGACACAGUUUAAGCGAAGAGAAGAUGUGCCUGUUAUUCUCAAACACACAAUCUCAAACCCCCGGGAGCAUUACAUAGUGCCUCAGUCGCUUCAUGAUGAAAUUCCUUUGCCUAGCACUGAAACAUUGCCAAGUCAUGUCUUGAUGCGGGGUCUUGACUAUCAGUGUUAUGCAGUUCCCAGAUUUCAUUUAACUGCAAACCAACUCCAAGCCCCCCUAAAAAGGCAACAUGCGUCGCCUAGCUUGCACUCUAAUCGCAUAAAUGUUUCCCCAUCCAAACAAUACAUGGAGCACCCCAUGGUCCCUGCAACCAACCUGCAUAAGGACAAACCCAACGACAGCCUGCAUGUUCAGCAAUCACCUACCACCUCACCAUUCCUCAGUUUGGAUCAAUCCAGUCCUACCAAGCAUGUAAGCCAACCUGGCGUCUCACCAUCUAGCAUACAAAUGAACAGAUUUUUCCCCCCAUUCACCAGCCUGCACAUAGACCGGCCUGUCUUUCCACCAACUGGUUUGAACAUGGACAGAAUCCUGGACUAUUCCUCCUGUGAAGCCCAGGUUACAUGCCCGAAACAGCCAAAAAGCCUUCCUGUUUCCCCAGAGGCAUGGCCGCCCCGGUCACCGCAUCACAGUUCACAUCGAAUUCACGCAGCUGUACCUAAAAGCGCAAAUAUCCGAAAAAUUAUUUAUUCCCCUGCUCUUGCACCAGGAAACAAACACAAUAGCCCUGUGUCCAGUUCAGGCACUUCUGUUCUUAAAAGGUGCGUAAAAAGAAGUAUUUCUCACACUUCUUCACCUAUCAAUAUAAAAGAAGAGCUUAGGGAUUUAUGUGAAGUGGAACUCAAUAAGAAACGACACAGGGUGGAAAUGGAGAAUGCACAAGUAGGAAAUAAAACAGAAUCUCCUCCUAUGCCAGUUAUUGACAAUGUUUUCAGUCUGGCACCUUACCAAGCAUACCUGCAGGCCCCUGGCGUGUUAUUUUCAGGCAGAGUACGUCAGAGAAACAUCCAGUCGUCUGAGCACCGUGAAGUCAAAACCAAGCCAGACAUCAGAGCGAAAAGGCCAGAUCGAGAUGAACGGCAAUCUGUUGUCUCUCUGGUUUCCAAAGAAAUCUGUGCAGAUACUCCAACAGAGAAACCUGUUGUAGAAAUCGUUGAACCUAAAAAUAUUAAAGUGGAAAAAGUAGAUCCAUCAGACACGGACAACUCCGUAGAGAGUCCUGUUAGUCAAAGGGACAGCAGCAAAGUAACAAUCAAAAAAGAGCCUGAAGAGACCAUUUCAUCCAACAUUGGGCCCAUGUUAGUGAUAAAGAAAUGUGAACCUGAUGAACUUGAAAGUAAACCCUCUUUAGCAGAUGAAAAUGAGACUUCACAUGAGUCCAAACCUGGUGAGGUGACUGCACCGAUGGACUCAUCUUCUCAGAGAGAUACGUGCACACUCACCCUGCAACCCAAAUCCAUUACUCCACCUCAGCCACCUGAGAGGAAACUAAAUUUCAGAAACAUUCCUCCCCAGUGUCUGAAACUUUCCACCUACAAUCUAAUCCUCCAUGAUACGAAACCUUCUUGCCCUGCUCCACCCCCAGAGAUGCCACCUGCACAGCCGAUAACUGAAUUCAUACCUAAACAAGAGCCCCAAAUGCCAGUCCGCAAGCACUUCUUUGAGUUGCACCAUUGCCUCUGCAAGCAAGUAUCCAACCAUGUGUUGGCUUCUUCAAAGCAGGAGCUCAGAACCUGGUUGUCUCAGUUGGGACUGCUUGAACCAGCAACUCCUUCAGCCAAAGUCCAGAAAGUGUCCUGUUUGUUGGGGGUAAACGCCAGAGAGGUGUGGCUCAAUGAAGAGAUGAAGUCAUCGCUCCAUAAGGUCCUGGAGAGGUUGAGAGAGUACACCGCCCAGGAACGCUGUCCUUUUCCACACGUCAUGCGCACGGGGGCAGUGUUCCUCCCCAUGCUGGUGGUGAAGGAGCUGCUGUUUCCGAUGGUCCAGGGCAGCUUCAUCGACCAGAUCCUGCAGGAGCACAGAGUGGAGCUGCGGCCCACCACACUCUCGGAAGAAAAGAUCCUCAUUCAGCUUCAUAAACGAGCCUGUUCCUCCAGGCUCAGGAGACUGAUGUCCCUCAAACACCUGCCUGACAUCUACCCUGAUGUGAUCAACCUUUUGUAUCACGCCUGUGUCUGCAAACUUCUGGGAUUAGAUUUGGAUGAUCCUGUUUACAGAGAAAAAGAUGACUGUUGUGAGGAGACUAUCAGCUGCUGGACUCCUAUAUUUUCAGACAUCACCGCCUCACCAUCAGAGUCACACCAACAGAGACAUCCGGAGAACCAGGAAACAAAAUCCGAUUUGAACAAUGGAACAAAAAGCAGGGUAAAGCACCGUUCGAGGCAUAGGUUUCCGGACAAUGGUUUGGCAGAUGACACAGAGAAGACAGUAAGUGGAGGCGUGCUGAAUGCAUUUAGUGAGAAAAACUGGAGUGUCCAUCAAUCUGAAGGAACUGAGAAUGGAGAAAGUGACCGUAUUGUUGCAGAGCAGGAUUCUACACUCAUUCAACUUAGCACAACUUCUGAAAAUUCAUGGAUGUGUCCUUUAACCGUGGACAAGCUUACUCCAUCUCCGAGUGACACCGAAACGGAGGAAGAAUACUCCAGUCUGCAGUCCGUUGGAGCCAAGUCUCCGGUUAGAUCCAAGAAUUGUUCAGGCGUGAUUCUCAAACUGAGGAGGAUGUUUAGCAAAGGUCUACACCGAAAAAAGGCCUGCUACCAAGCGAUCUCGGACUCUGGGACAUUUGCUGAUCCUUCCCUUUCACAGACGGAUGAUGGGGAGGGAGAAGUGAACAGCGGGAGGGACCUUCACAGGAGGACGCCCAAAGUAACCCACAGGUGGCAGAGAACAGGAAGCUUCUCUCACGCCUUAAGACCCCUUAGCAGCUCUUCUAAAAGAAAACACAUAUCACUCUUAAAGAUCAAAUACUGCCCCUACUUGUCUGCCUGCCACAGCGCUGAACACAGGAGACGAUGGGUCCUGCGUUCAGCUGUCCAGAGGGCUCGGAGGGCCAUGAGGUUCUAUUACCCAGACCUAGUGGGAAAGAGGAUUCGCCAUCUGUACGAAGAAGAUGACAAAUCAGAAGUGUGGUACAGAGGGGAAGUGAUACGUAUCCAUGAGGCCCACACUAACCCUCUAAAGACUAUAUUUGAGGUCAGGUAUGACAGCGAGCCAGAUUGGAAGUACUACCUCGAGCUACUGAUAGACUAUAAAAACGGCUGGCUCAAAAUUGAAGACUAGUUUCUCCACACAAAUGUCUAGGUGCCAGUUGUGCUUUUGGUCAUGUCACCAAGUGCAAUCAGUUUUAAAUCUGUUCCCUUUACUGUCCAUUUUUGAUGGCCAACAACAAGCGGAUGAGCCCUAAAUAUUUGUUUGGCAUCCUCAGGAAUGAAGUUGGACUGGAUUAUUAUUUUUUUAUGGUCAGCUAAACAUUCUUUGUCACUUGAGACCUACUAGGGUGCAUUCUUUGGGGACUUACUAUAGCCAUUGUGCAACAUCCUGUAGUUUUUUAAGUAUUUUAAGCGCUUAUCAUCUUUGACACAUCUAUCAAUGGCUUUUCUGGUUAAACACACAAAGGAUUAUGGUGCUACAACCUUGCAAAAUGGAUGCAAAAAAAAAAAUCCAUGUCCUUUUUUAGGGUUUUUAAUUUUAAUUGUAAGAAACUAUAAAGUCUAGUAUUUGUCAUCCACUUUUCUGGUUAAAUUGUUUUUGUUUUUUUUAUUCUGAGUGAAGUUAGUUUUAUUAUUUUGCCAGUAAAAAAAUACAAAACCAGCAAAUGACAUGCAAACAUAUAUAAAAGGGUUUACUGUCAAACAGUGCCAGCCACAUGUAAAUAGGUUUACAGUAAUAGUGCCAGUCGGGUACAUCAUUAUAGCAGUGAUUUUGACCCUGAUGAUUGUGGUUGGUGUUUUGUUGUGUGUAUCUGAAGCUGGACAGGCAUUAAUGUAGUUCUGGACUGAAGCUGGACAGGCAUUAAUGUAGUUCUGGACUGAAGUUGGACAGGCAUUAAUGUAGUUCUGGACUGAAGCUGGACAGGCAUUAAUGUAGUUCUGUACUAAGCUGCUCAAAGUCUUUAAUGACACCCGGGCCGAGAUGCCCCCAUGCCAUAGCGUUUGAAUCACUGUGAACCUUAAGACUUAUUUUAUAUAUUUUUCCUUGCAGGUUGAAUUGUUUAAACAUUAUUCUCAUCGUCUUAAAUAAAUGUUUGUAAUCAAA